GGAAGCGAAUCUUAAUAAGCGACCUCAUCCAUUGCUCAAUAAUCUGAUAACAAUAAUUGUUUGACGUUAACAAUUAAAAUUGAGAAAACAACAAUCAUUGGCCAGUCAAAUAAAAUCGACCUUCCAGUUACUCAGCUAAAUUAUUUUCCGCAUGAAUAUUUGUUUACAAAUUUGGUUUGGAUUCUACAACAUGAAAUAUGAUCAAUCGUUACCCUAAUUAUUGUCACACAAUUUUCACCAAUCAAUUGACAUAAUCUUUCACAUUCACCUUAAUCAAAUCGGACGCUGGCUGAUCAGUUGAAACACUUCAGUCCUACAAUAUCUUUCUAACCUUUAAUUAUUUUACUUUUACCCAUCAAUUCCCACCACUCUAACAAAAUUUUCCACCCUCACUUUCCAUAACCAUUUAAGGUGAGAGUUUUAAACGCUCCGCCACCGCUUGUACACAACUUUAAAUAAAACAUCAAGACUUUAAGAACGAGAGAAUCAAUUUCGUCUUAAUGACAAAACAAUCGAAAAUUGUUCUUUUCUUCGUACGGACUUUAAAAAGAUCUGCAAUUUAAAAUGUCACUACGAUAAUGUCCAAUUAGAAUUUCGAUAAAAAUUAAUUCAAAUUGUCCCAAUUCGGUUUUGUGUUAAUCAAUUGAUUGGACUGCGAUUUCGUCAAUGAUUAUUAGUCACUCGAUUUUGUUUUCAUGUUUUCACAACAAACAGGAAGACAUUAAAAACUAGACUAUACGUAAUCAAAUUAAUUAUUAAAACUGAUGAUCAAACAUGACGAUUGUUGUUGAGACUAAUUAUUUAAUCAGGAUAAACUGAUUUAGUUUGAUUGAAAAUCAAAUUAAAUGUAUAAAAGGGUUUGAUUAAUAGUUUUGCCAAUAUUUUGUCGGGUUGAUUUUGAAAAAAAAAUAUCAAUUUAUUAUUUAAUCUGUGAUUUAGUUAAUUGUCUUGAAUUGAUAAUCUAAUCAGGAUAUAAAAUGAAGCUCGAUGGGUAGUGGUAGUCCGAAAUUGGACUCACCAGAUUCGCCGACUCCGAAUCAAUCAAUUGAUGGCGCUGAUCAAGGGGACAUGAGUGGUGCUAAUGGUUUAUCGGAAGGGGGUCAUAGUGUUGCUGACAGUGAAAGAGAAAUUGAGUCAGAGGGUAAUGCUGUUGGAUCGGAGGCUGAAAGAGAGCACGAGGAAGAGGCGGUGGCGAGGGCAGAGACGGAGGCGGAGGCGGAGGCGGAAGUGGAAAAGGACGUGGAAAAUGAGGUGAAACAAGAAGAGGCCAACGAAACAAGUGAGUCCAGCGAAUCCAGUGAGGCAAACGAGGUCAAUGAGGCCGAUGAAACCGAUGAAACCGCUGAGGCCGAAGGGGCCGAAGAUGAAGACGAAGAUGGAGAUGAAGAUGAAAUUUGUAUGAGUUCCAAUCAGUUAAUUGCUCUAAUUGAGACAGUUACUUAUAUGAUGGAAGAGUCAAUUCGUUCCGAUGAACCUUAUAAUCCCCUUGAUGAUCCACAAAUUAAUAAAUUUUGGCAAUAAUUAACUGAUUGUCAACAAAUCUCUCGCCUACAUCAUCAUUGUCACCAUUAAAACAAACCUACAAACAAUUGUACCCGAAAAAAAUAACGAUUACAAUUAGUUGAUUUAGUUUAUGAAUCUUUUUUUUAUUAA